AUGACUAGGUCUUCCUUUGCAACAUUGUUAGAACUUGACCCGGAGAUUGAGAGAACCUUUUUGGCCUUGAGGAGACUAGCUAGAUCAGCAAGAACUCUUGAGAGCAGAAUUUCAGAUAUGGAUAAUCAGAUAACAAAAAGCAAUCAAACCAUGAAAGAGCUUGCAGCUCCAGAUGUGGCUUAUAAGUAUUCAUGCAUCACUUAUCCAAAUUUAGCAAGAAAUUUUGAACUUAGAUCAAGACUUAUUCAUCUGCUUCCCAAAUUUCAAGGCUUAUCAGGAGAGGAUCCCAACCGACAUCUACAUGAAUUCCAUGUGGUUUGUUCUACCAUGAAACCACAAGGGAUUUCAGAAGAAGACAUUAAGUUGAGGGCCUUUCCAUUCUCUUUGACGGGAGCAACUAAAGAUUGGUUAUACUACCUUCCAGCUGGAUACAUUAGAAGUUGGAUUGAUAUGAAGAGAGCAUUUUUGGAGAAAUUUUUCCCAGCUUCUAAGACUGCAACUAUCAGGAAGAGUAUUUGUGGUAUUCAGCAAGUAGUGGGAGAGACUCUUUAUGAUUAUUGGGAGAGAUUCAAGAAGCUGUGUUCGAGUUGUCCACAACAUCAAAUUAGUGAUCAGCUUCUUGUUCAGUAUUUUUAUGAAGGUCUACUUCCUAUGGAUAGGAGCAUGAUAGAUGCAGCAGCUGGGGGAGCUUUGGUGAAUAAGACUCCAAAUCAAGCAAGAGACCUUAUUUCAAAUAUGGCAGAAAAUUCACAUCAAUUUGGAAGUAGAGCUCUUGGUACUAGAGUGGUUAAUGAAACUCAUUUGGUUUCGAAUGAGCAACAAGAAAUCAGAAACAAUUUGCAAGAGUUGACCUCUCUAGUGAAGCAAAUGGCAUUGCAAAAUUCUUGUAACGUUUCAAAUUUUCCUUUACCAAUGAUGAAAUUGGGUGGAAUUUGUUCAAGCCAAGAUCAUUCUUCAGAUUAUUGUCCUAACUUACACCAAGAUGAAUCAGUGGCAGCCAUCUCAAGACCUCAAUAUCAAUCACACAAAUAUGAUCCCAACUCUUCAACUUACAAUCCGGGAUGGAGGGAUCAUCCUAAUUUGAGGUAUGGGAAUAUAUUUUAUCAACAUCCACCACAAGGACAGAUUUACCAGCCAUCAUUCUAG